UAUUGCGAGUGUCCGAGAAGGACUUGGGCAAUGUUUUCAUUGGGUGCCGUCUUUUCGGUUCUCUCCCUGUCGCUUUAACACAGAUUGGAAGUGGAACAGUCAAACGGCACAGUCACUCUAAGCUGCAAGUGUCUGUCGACAUCGAUUGCUUCAUCUCAUCGUUAAUGAGUAACAGUGACUACGUUUGUUGAACAGAAAUGGCUGCUUCCAGGACAAACCUGAGGCUGGUCUUUCAAAGACGUGAGAAGAUUACUUCUCUGCCUUUGUAUUAUGAUGGGAUUCUGUGGAAAAAAAGCUCGAGGGCUAAGAACUUCCAAAGAUACUGGUCAGAGUUACGAGGAACUUCAAUAUUCUUUUAUUGUGAUGAAAAGGAAUCAAUGUACACAGAAAAACUGGAUCUCCAGCAUUUUGUAUCGAUCGAAGAUGACAACAGUGGAGGGAAAAAAUCCCAAGCAGCUAGCUUUCGACUGCAGUUGAUCAAUGAAGGGGUGAAGCUGAAGGCUGAAAAUGUGGAAGCUAGAGAAGAAUGGAAAGGUUACAUUAUUGCAGUCUCUCAGUUGGAGGUUCCCCAUGAUUUGUCACUGCUGCCGGGACAGACGCUCUGUCUGGAAGAGGUGGUUAAACAAGAAACACUUCGUCAGUCAAGUGCUCCAGUGAGACCAGAAUUGCAGAGAGUUUUGGUGGAGAAGCCUGAUUCGGAUCUCUAUGAUGAUGUGUUGACCGCAAUGCCAAAGUGUUUCUACAAAAUUUCUCGAAAUGAGGCUGAAGCCAUGUUGGAAAGGCACCCUGAGAAUGGGAACUUGAUACUACGGCCUUCCACCGAGAACACAAACUACUCAAUCAGUACUCUGAUCACACAAUGCAGUAAGCGAGUCCUAAAACAUUACAGGGUGACCUGUGAAGAGACCGGCUUUAUCAUUUGGGUGGACAAUCCGGUCACAUGUAGGAGCCUUCAGGAAGUUAUUGAGCAUUUUAUAAAAGAGACCAAUGGGGUUUUGAAACCGUAUAUAGACUCUGAGGUGUAUGCUGACAAAAUUGAGGUGUCUAAAAGUCCAAAUGAAAAGGCAAACAAGACGUUGCCUGUAUCAAGAGUCGCCCCAAUUCAACAUUCCCCAGUCCUACCACCUGAGCAUCCAGGCAUCCCAGGAAUAACGAAAUUUCCAACCAAAUCUUCACGAAAGCUGCCUUUAAAACAAGAAAUGAGCAGCAGAAGUCCAGUGAACAUGGAACCUGAGCCAAGUUACAUGAAUGAUGAAUUUCUUCUAAAAAUGAACCAGGUGAUCAUAGCAGAUGAUAGGCCUCCAACCCGUCCUCCUCCAAAACCAAGAUCAUCUCGGCUCUUUGCUGCAGGUGGAGCUAGUAGUGAUGAACUAAUGGCAAAGCUGAAAGAGAGACGGGCAAGACUGGGAGAUUAACAAACCGUGACUCAAAUGCAUAUUUGUGUUACUGAGUUACAGAAGCUGCAAACACAAGCAUUUCACUUUGGUUGAAAUCACUGACUCUUUGAAUGUAAAGUACAUCAAAGUAAACAAAAAGAAAUAGUCA